GUGACACAGGACAGGUAAAGACAUCAUUUGUAUUCAGUAUGUCGGGCACAGAAAACAAGGCUGAGAUUUUCACAAUAACUGAGAUGGUGGAACCUGCAGCUGAAAGGGAAACCAAGAGGACGAGUAUGUUCGAGCAGUAUGUGCAGCCGUGCCUGGCCGAGCUGUACGGGACGACCCUGUUUGUGUUUGUGGGGUGUGCGUCUGUGAUGGGGAACAUUGGUCAAUUCGGGGUCCUGCAGCCUGCGAUGGCUCAUGGUCUGGCACUGGCUGUGCUCAUCAUGCUGUUUGGGAAAAUUAGCGGCGGGCACUUUAACCCUGCGGUGUCUGUGAGUGUGUACCUGUGUGGAGGGAUGAAGCUCGCCCUGCUGCUGCCGUACAUCCUCGCCCAGAUGUUAGGAGGCCUACUGGGGGCGGCUUUAACCAGGGGCGUAUUUCCUGAUAACAUUUAUAAUGCUUCCUUCGGAGGAUCCUUUCUCGUGGGCCCGACCGCAGAUCUGGGUAAAAUCACUCUGGCCGAGGUGAUAAUGACGUUGUUCCUCACGUUGGCGGUCUGCAUGGGGGCCGUCAACAAGAAGACCAGCUCCCCAGUGGCUGCGUUCUGCAUCGGCCUCACUGUGAGCGCAAACAUAUUAGCGGGUGGCCAGCUGUCUGGAGCCUGCAUGAACCCGGUCCGAGCCUUCGGUCCUGCAGCGGUUGCAGGCCAGUGGGGCUUUCACUGGAUCUUCUGGGCAGGACCCUUAUGUGGAGCGCUGAUCACCGUCGUCUUAGUCAGGUUGCUGCUUGGUGACCAGGUGACCCGAGUUUGGUUGAAGUAAAAGUGUAAUUUAUUGAAGAGGAAGACAAAGGACAUUCUGGCCAACCUUAUUAACAUCUUAUUUAAACUUGGACUUUCACACACAAUUAAUAAUUUGAUUUGUAAUAUAUUUAAAUUUGUCAGUAAAAUGUGUGCAAAUAUAUUCGUCCUUGAACCGGCCAUAACGGUUGGCUCUGACUGAAAGACAUCUUUGUAUUUCAAGAUUCAAUAAAGUGUUUGAUGAUGUGAUUGUGAUCCGAUAGCUUGUCCUCACUCAGACUUCACAGGCGCGAUGAA